AUGGCUCGCCUCAAAGAUAUCCCGAAUGAGAUCCUCAUAAGCAUCUUCAAACAUCUCUCUGACAUCAACCACUCCAGCAUCUUCGACGUCGCUCUCGUCAACAAGCAUUUCAAUCAGCUCGCCAGUCCUCUACGCGUCCGUCACUGGAGUGAUGAAGGACACUACGGCUACUACGACGGCGAAUCGCCAUGUCCACCAAUCUCAAGAUUAGCGCUCGAACUCUUGCGCCACCCUGAAUACCGUCUACAAGUCAAGACUCUAUCGUUUUCGUGGUUUCAAAGAGGUCAUGACCGCGACGCGGCACGCGUUCCCAUGAAACUUGAAAACCUCCAGAUGCUUGCUUGGGCAGCCGAAGAAGUUGUUCCGACACUAGCGGAGUCUACAUAUCUAUAUUAUCGGAUCCUUGAGGAUUGCGACGACGCUAUUGCUGUUCUUGUCCUGGCUUGGGCGACCAAUCUGACAAGCCUCAGCGUGACGAUUCCUUGCUUUGAUGUGAAUCCUGGUUACGAUGAAGGCACGCUUGUUCUGCGCUUUGUUAAACAACUGGCUCUUCGCUUUGACAGCGAUGAUCUCAAACCGAACGCACCGCUACCACUGGCGAAGCUUGAAGAACUCGAGUUUCGACACGAUAACAUCGAAAGCAUUGUUGGGCUCAAGUACCUGACACCGUUUCUCCAUCUCCCUAAUCUUAAGAACCUCAAAACGUAUAGGCUUGGUGAUCAAGAGUACAACGAUAUUGAGGAAAGCGUUCAGAACUAUAUCAGAGACAAAUACUGCAUGCCGUUCCCAAAGGGUACCUCAUCGAUUGAGUCCAUGACUAUCAAAGAGUCGACGUUGUCAAGUGAUGGACUUUCAGAUCUUCUUGGAUCUUGCAACAGCUUGAGAUAUUUCUACCUCCACUUCUCAUUCGACCUCGAAGAGAGUAAGCGGAACUGGACAACACUAGCUAAGAGCCUUGUUAAUCAUGAAGAAUCUCUGGAGGACUUGGAUCUAUGUGUUGAUAACUGUGAUGUUGAGUGGGUAGGAGAUACUGUUGACGAUGGGGCAGGCGAUCCGAAGCCCAUCGAUUUCACAGAUUGCUACCACCAUCUCACUGGUCUCAGAACCCUUAGGGUUCCUAUGCCUCAACUAUCUGGCUACGAUCUAUGGAAGCAUUCAGGAUCUCCAAAGGCUAGUCAUGUGCGCUUACCGGAAUCUCUCCAGCAUCUCAAACUCUUAGACAUCAACUUGUGGUCUAACGCCCGACGCCUUUCCGAACAUGAAAUCUCACCCUUCUUGGAUUUUGUUCUUAAUCUCAUCAAGGAGACAGGACCAGAGGGGCAUUUAAGAAAUCUUCAGACACUUGAUUGUUCCAAAGCACUUUGGGACGACCCGAUGAGAAAAAAGAUACAAGAAAUUAAGGAUCUGGCGGAAGAACGUGGGGUUAAUAUUCUCCUUCACUCAUAA